AAGUCUCCAGAAUCUAUGCUUCAAAUACAAACCGAACAAAAGAAGAAGAAGAAGAAGAAACAAGAACUCAUACUUAUCUCUUUUUGUUAUUUCUUGUCUGAACUAAAAAAAAAAAAUGGAUUCUGGUUCGAAUGAUCAUCAAGAAUUAGAACAAAUCGAAGCCAUUGAUGAUCUUCUCGAAGAUUUCUGGUUCUUUGACAACUUACUUGACAGAAGAUCAAGGAUCUUGAGGUACUGUCAUUCAGAUCCUUACCCUUUUUCUCCUUCACCUUCUUCUUCUUCUUCUUCUUCUUCUUCCUCCACUUGUCCCAAACCCGAAGUUCCGAAAAUUGGAGAUUCGGAUUCGGAGAAUAAGCUUUUAAAAGCUUCCACUGGGGAAGACUCUGCUCCACCGGCGUGUAUUGAGAAAAAAGAAGGUGCAGGCGAGCCUGAGAAGAUAAAGAAGAUGAGGAGACAGUUCUCUGAGAAGAUUAGGGUUCAAGAACGAAGAACUUACUUGAAGAAGAAGGAACCUAUGAUUCGAGAAAAGGGAAUAAAAGACAGUUCGAGAAGAAACAGAACAGGUAGUAGUUCUAGUAAUAGUGUCCAGUGUUGUCCGAUGGGAGGUAGUUUGCAGAGAACUCAGACAUUGCCAAGUUACAUAGGAAGAGAAGACGAUGGAAAUGAGUUUCAAGAUCAAGAAGAGAUCGAUGAUUCAAGAAUGGGAUUCCUGAUCCGUGAAGCCAUCGCUAGCUCUUCUUCUUCUUCAGGAUUUACUCCAACAAAACAGAACACUCCAAAGGUUUCAAGCAUUCCAAGGCAUAGACCACCGAGAAACUCGAGAUCAGAAGACGCUAUUCAAGAACUGGUCGUCAAAUCACAAAAAACCCCAAACCCCAAAACGCUGCGUAAAACAUUAAGCAGCAUCGACACGAAAGAGAUACUGAUGUUGAAGGAUUUGGACAUUGAUCCAGAGAAGAAGCAAGACGAACAAAAACAGAAGAGAGACCAACGAGCCGCAGCGGUGGUGGGACAGCCGAUCCCGGUUUGGGUUCCAAAAGAUUCAAGUAGAGACAUGAAAGCUCAAAUCAAGUUUUGGGCUCGAACCGUCGCAAGUAAUGUUCGUCAAGAAUGCUGAUAACAUUAUUUUCAUUCACAAACAAAAUUGCUUCUAAUAUAUUAUACAACACUUCAUUUCACAUUCUUUCGUUCCCUUUUGUUCAAAAACAUUUCAUUUAUCAUUUCACCUACAAGAAGGAAAAAAAAAGAAACAUAAUAAUGGGUUUUGUGAUUUGAGGGCAAAAGCAAAUUGAAGUAAUCUAUAUAUA